AUGCCAAAAGCUAUAGUUCCUGAGCCUGGCGACGUUUUUGAUCCUUUGAAUGACGAUGGAAGAUAUCACAAUUUCCAUGGUGACCAUGUUCCUGAAAGUAAACUCACGGAUUACGUAGAUGCUAUGGACAAGCACCAAAAACGGUCACUCCUUAUUCUUAUUCGAGAAGGUGUGCUGACUGACGAGUGUUUCAUAAACAUAAAUGACGCAUCAACGCCAGAAAGGGUGCAGAUUCCUAUCCCACGCAUUGUAGAGACCAUGAAAAAGAUAGAAUCAAAUGCUCUUAGCAUGCAAAGAGAAAAACCUCUCAGCUUACGAAUUUUCUAUGCUAAACAUUACUCCUCGGCCAGUUUUCAAAGGCAACAUAGAUCAGAUUUGGAUGUUCGUUCAUUAUCAACUGGCCGUUAUACUAUGCCAAUAUGGUUGGCACUGUUUGUUGCUAUUAUUUUUGAGCAUUAUUCGCUAGUUUACAGUGCGACUGAUGUUCUCAUUUGA